UGUUUUAAUAAAAUUUUGAAGGAAGGUUUUUCAGAAAUUUAAUUUGUAUUAACCUUCAGCCUGUUAACUGUUUAAUUUUGCUGCUUUGGAGUUCACAUUGAUAUGGAGAAUUCUACCGAGAUUUGGCACCUAAUUUCUCACCUGCCCGAGGUAAUUCACAAAAUUUUGGAAUUCCAGCCCCAUCCCGACUUGGAAUCCGCCUGUUUGGUCAACUCCACGUGGGAGGAGGAAGCCCUGAAGCAUCUUCUGGCCCGAAAUCCGGUUCAUAUCCAUCCUCGCAACGUCACUGACCCCUCCGAUGUCCUUCAUCCCCUGAGGAUGCUGUUCCCCUCUUACGUCCGAAUAUUCUCACAGGAGGCGAACAACCUGGAUUCUUUAAUAGACCUUUUCAACACGAGAAAUUUUAAAAACGUUACAAAAUUAUGGGUUGAUUUUCCCCUAGAAAAGAAUUUGCGACACGUGGCAUGCAAUUUGGUAAAAAUCCUGGGGAAUGAAUCCUUCAAAAAUUUGAAAUCUUUAAAAUUGCAGCCGACCAUGACCACUUAUGGUGCAAGUUUUUCUUCCGAGGUAAAAUGGAUGGACUUAUUUCCCGAAAACGUUCCCCUCCUGGGAAGAAAAUUGGCCAAGCUGACCAUUGAUUUGACUUAUUUGUUCCCUCCAUUUUUUAGGGGGAAGUUACGUAGAAUUGUCUCCUUGGUGACACGAAUUCUCUGGGUUUUUAGGCACGUGACCCAUCUCAAUUUAUCCGCUGUGCCGGGUGGAAUUUUUGACAGGAAAGGUGUGACAUUACCCCACCUGAGGGUAGUAUCAAUGAUAAAAAUCAGUCAGCUGGAUUAUUUCUACACAAAAAACGAAAAGAUUAUGAAGUUCUACAGAUUGAAUUUGCCGCUUAGCUCAAAUUUUGAAAAUGUGACGAGGUAUGAGUUUAACGUUCUCUCUUUUGACAGUGUCGAUCAGUUCGAGUUGUUUCGUCUACUCGCCCCGCAGUUGGAGCAGGUUUGCAUCUCCUCAGUGAAAAGUAGUGCCCCGAAAAAACUCUCCGCUCACGUGGUCCCGAUUCUCCCACGGUUGAAGGCUUUUGAAGUUUCGCGAGACCAAAGAAUGACCUACAGGGGACGUAGCCCGGGGGAAAGCUGGUUUCGACCAGAGCUUUGCUUGGAAUUUGAGAGUGGCGGGGAUUCGGUCAAGUUGGUAUAUGCGAGACAGUUCCCGGUUCAUGAGAAGUUAAGGGUGCAUGUGGUCCCGGGAUCCUGGAAAAACUCGGAUGAACAAAAUUUGGACUUUGAGGCGACCAUGCUUUUUUUGUGUGAAAACUUUUUGGCGGAGGGGGUAGAACCGUGUGAGACAUUGAGGAAUUUGGAUAUUUCGUUCCCCCCGGGGGGAAAUGUGGGCAGUAUGGAAAUGAUUAAGCGGUGUGGGUGUAAAGAGGGUAAUUGCCAGUGUUGGGGGUGGAAGGAAGAAAUUACCGAUUUUUAUGAGAGAAUUGCCACAAUAUUUCCGAAUCUUGGCUACGACGUGGUCGAAAUGGGAAGGAAGAAUGUUAGAGUAGCGAGGAUACAGAAGGUUAAGGAGAUGGGGAUGAAAUGGGGGAUAUUUAGGGGGGACCAAGAUUUUGAAAAGAUAUUGGGAUUCGAUAAGGCAGAAUAGGAACUUCAUAGGGAAAAUUAUGGUCAAAAUUUGGUUGAAUGAGUUCUGGAUUUUAUGUUGAAUUCAAGUUAAAAAUUUUAUUACGUAGCUCUAACAAUUUUACGAAAGUCUUGCUAAUAACCAUUUUCCAGUUAUUACACAUGUAAAUGACCAACUAACAUGCAUUUAGCUGUAGUUUUAAAUAGGAACUCUGAUUUGCGAGGAUAUUUAUAUUUAAGUUUACUAAUAUUUAUUUACAUUUUUGUGUAGCUGUAUUUUCUACACUCUAAAGAAAGUUGUAGAAAAUUUCUGCAAAGUUGUGUAAAAUUUUGUCCAAGGUUGGGGAAAAAAGAGGAUGACACAACCGUUGGGCAAAUUUUACUCAACCUGGUUGAGUACAUAAUCCUUUUACAUAACUUUGAGAAGAAAUUAGCUCCAUAAGUUGUGGAAUUUUUACUCAACUAAGAACUUAACUUGAUUAAAAUACACUCUUGAGAUUGUUAAAACGUACCCUUUAUUUUUUAUAAUGUUUACUCAUUUUACACUUAUAAAUACUGCAUAAGUACAAAACGAUUAAUUUUCAUAAGUAUACUUGUAUUAUUAUUAUUUAUUAAUCAAGCCUGCUUCUUUACAAAGCUCGCUAUG